UUCUAUUAGAUCACAGAGAUGCAGAACCUAUUAUUCUGGAAGGAAAUCUUUCCAGUUAUGAAAAGAAUCUUUAUUUAUAUCAUGAGGAAAUGCCCGAAAGACCUAGAGUUGCAACUCUAUUGAAUUCUUUAGCUAAUUAUAAUGUUGCUAUACCAAGUGUGUCAGAAAAUUCUACAUCUCUUCCAAAGAAAGCUAACUUGGGUACUGUUGCAGGCGUUUAUCUACCAUGCAUUCAAAAUAUUUUGGGAGUUAUUUUUUUCAUUCGAAUGGGGUGGAUUGUUGGAACAGCUGGUGUCCCUCUGGCUUUUGCCAUAGUUUUCUUAUCAUGUUGUGUUACAUUUACAACUUGUAUAUCCUUGAGUGCAAUUGCAACAAAUGGCAUUGUCCCAGCGGGUGGUUCAUACUUUAUGAUAUCCCGUUCCUUGGGACCUGAAUUUGGUGGAGCAGUAGGUAUUUUAUUCUACUUAGCCACUUCAGUAGCUGCUGCUAUGUACAUCACUGGGGCAGUUGAAAUUUUUUUGAAUUAUAUGGCACCAAGUCUGUCACUGUUUGGAGACAUAAGUGAUCCAUUUAUCAUGUCCAACAAUUUUCGAAUUUAUGGUACAGUACUACUAAUUAUUGUUGGUACCAUUGUUUUUAUUGGUGUUAAAUUUGUGAGCAAAUUUGCACCUGUUGCGCUUUUCUGUGUCAUCAUAUCUCUGAUUGCUGUGUAUGUUGGGGUAUUUGUCAACUUUUAUGGAAAAGAAGAUACAAAAAUUUGUAUAUUGGGUGAUCGACUGCUAAGUAAAGGAAAUUAUUCUUGUUCAAAAGACCAGAAUGAAACCAAUUCAUUAUUUUAUCUUUAUUGCCAAGAGGUAAAUAAAACAGAAUCUGGAGAACCUAUGUAUUCAUGUGAUUCAUAUUUCGAAAAUAAUGAAGUGAAAAUGAAAUUAGGAAUUCCUGGAAUGUCAAAUGAUGUUUUUCAUUCAAAUAUUCCAAGUCGUUUUCGUCAGAAAGGUGAUUAUGUAUCCGAAAGUGUUAAUCGUGAGGAUGCCAAUUCAUAUGGUCAAAAAACAUACAACCAAAUUUUAGUAGACAUCACCACAUCAUUUACUUUAUUGCUUGCUAUAUUUUUUCCGUCAUGCACUGGAAUUUUAGCAGGCUCCAACAGAUCUGGUGAUUUGGCUGAUGCACAGAAAUCCAUUCCUGCAGGCACAUUAGCUGCUCAGCUUACAACUUCCAUAAUAUAUUUGUCAGGUGUUUUGUUAUUUGGAGCAACUUUUAACAAUCUUUUCAUGCGAGAUAAAUUUGGUGAGAGUAUAGGAGGAGGAUUAGCAGUUGCAAAUUUAGCUUGGCCUCAUCCAUGGGUAGUAAUCAUUGGUUCUUUAUUGUCAACAGUUGGUGCUGGUCUGCAGUCUCUUACAGGAGCUCCACGACUGCUGCAGGCUAUUGCAAAAGAUCAAAUUAUACCAUUUUUAAAUGCAUUUUCAUAUAGUUCAACACGAAAUGAGCCUACUAGAGCUUUGUUCCUUACGCUUUUUAUCUGCGAAAUUGGUAUAUUAAUUGGAAAUCUGGAUCACAUUGCACCCAUUCUAACAAUGUUUUUUCUGAUGUGCUAUAUGUUUGUAAACCUUGCUUGUGCUUUACAAAGCCUUCUUCAUACACCUAAUUGGCGUCCACGUUUCAAAUAUUAUCAUUGGUCACUUUCAAUGGCAGGUGCAAUAUUGUGUUUAGUUGUUAUGUUUCUGAGUAGCUGGUAUUAUGCAUUAAUUGCCAUUGCUAUAGCUGGAUGUGUUUAUAAAUACAUUGAAUAUUGUGGUGCUGAAAAAGAAUGGGGAGAUGGUAUAAGAGGUCUAGCUCUAUCAGCUGCUCGUUACAGUUUACUGAGAUUAGAAGAAGGACCUCCGCAUACAAAGAACUGGAGACCACAAGUUUUGAUUUUGUGCAAAUUAGAUGAAGAACUGAAUCCAAAAUAUCCAAGAAUGUUUUCUUUUGCUUCUCAGCUGAAAGCUGGGAAAGGUUUGACCAUAGUAUGUUCUGUGCUGGAAGGUGCUUUUGAUAAGAUGUACAGUGAAGCCCAAGCAGCAAAACUGAGUUUAAAAAGAACAAUGGAUGAAGAAAAAGUAAAAGGUUUUGCUGAUGUUUUAGUAGCCAAAGAUCUCACUGAAGGCAUUUGUCAUUUGAUUCAAACAGCUGGUAUUGGAGGUCUAAAGCAUAAUACUGUAAUCCUUGGCUGGCCAUAUGGCUGGAGACAGAGUGCAGAUGAGAAGCAAUGGAGAGUAUUUCUUCAUACUAUCCGUAGUGUGUCAGCCAGCAAGAAUGCUCUUUUGGUUCCAAAAGGUAUUAAUCUUUUUCCAAGUAACAAUGAAAAAGUGUCCGGAAAUAUUGACGUUUGGUGGAUUGUACAUGAUGGUGGUUUAUUAAUGUUACUACCAUUUUUACUCAAACAGCACAAGACAUGGAAAAAUUGCAAGCUGAGAAUAUUUACUGUUGCCCAGCUUGAAGACAAUAGCAUACAAAUGAAAAAAGAUUUGUCGAAGUUUUUAUAUCAUUUAAGAAUAGAAGCUGAUGUAGAAGUUGUGGAGAUGAUGGAUAGUGAUAUAUCUGCAUAUACAUAUGAAAGGACAUUAUUGAUGGAGCAGCGCAAUGAAAUAUUGAAGCAGUUGAAACUUUCUUGUGGAGGUGGUACAACAUUUAAAGAUGUUCAAAAUAUUGUUGAUCACCAUCACCAUCACAUUGGUCCUAAGCCUGGUUCAAGAGUGAGGUUUAAUGAUGUCACUGAAGAGAUAAAGAAUAUUGAGCUCGUUGAUGUCACAUCAGAAAACGGAGCUGGAGAUACUGUUUUGGAGGAAGAUUUACCAAAUCCUGAUGAAAUUGACAAAGAAAGUUCAUUUGAUAAACUUUUAACAAUAAGACCAGAUGAAGCUAAUGUACGCAGAAUGCAUACAGCAGUCAAAUUGAAUGAAGUAAUUGUGGCAAAAUCUCACAAUGCUCAAUUAGUUAUUUUAAAUCUUCCAGGUUUACCGAAGGCUUCUACUAUAAAAGCUAACUAUAUGGAAUUUUUAGAAGUCCUUACUGAAGGUCUGGAACGAGUGCUUAUGGUCAGAGGUGGAGGACGAGAAGUGAUAACCAUUUAUUCAUGAACAUUGCCAGUUGUGUUCUGUACCUCUAUAGUUUAAGUUACGUGCUAGAUAAUUUUUGUAUGUAUAUAUUUUCCUGUGAUUCUGUAUUUAUUUAUAUAAAUUUUUCUGUGAUUCUGUAUUUGUUUUAAAAGUUUUAUUUUCACUGAUCAAUUAUUGAUCUGAUUUUUUUAAGUAUUUUAUUUCUCUGUAAACUUUUGUAUAAGUUAUGCUUUUUUUCAUAGUGUAUGUUAUUGUAUCAUGUUAUUUAUGAAUUUAUUAUUAUGAUUUUGAAUGAUUAAUAACAGGUGCCAUUUUUCAACUAUAUACAAACUACUUACUUUUUAAGCUUUGUUUUUUACAGCUUAAGAAUGUUAAGAUUUUUAACAAAUCCCACCAUAUUUCUUAUGAAGUGUAUAUUUCAAUUUUUAAGGCUACAUUUUGCUGUAUAUUGGAAGCUUUAUUAUGUGUAAUAUUUAUAUUAUAUUUUUGGAAUAUAAUUCUUGCAAGAUAAACUAUAUAUUUGCCUUCAAGUCUGUUAAUAAUAAGAAUUUCUUGUGUUAUGUUAAGAAUCAUUUUGCUGGCCACAUGUGAGUUAUUGAUAAAAAGUACUUGUCAGACUUAAAAUUUCAAAUUUCAUUUUUUUCCAGUAUUUUAUGUCAGUAAAUGUUUUUGUGCUGUAUUUGUCAUAAAGUAACUUUCUUUAUUUUAUUUUUCCAGUGAUUAUAUAUGAGAUUCUUAGUAGUUUAUGUAUUUCUCAAUGAUCAGCAAACUAAAAUUGAUUGUGUAGUUCUUUUUUUUUUUUUUUUUUUUUUUUUAUGGUACUUGUUGCUUUUAUUUAUUUUUGCUAAAUUUUCAAAAUAAUUUAAUGUGUUUAUAAACUUUGAACUUAUUUGUACUGAUUAGCUGCAUAAAGAAUAGAGAUUUUUGACAUGGGAGUAUGAAUGAAUGUAGUUAAAUUCUAAAAAUUGUAAAUAUAAUAAGGUAAGAUAUAUCUUUCAAAUGGCUGUUGAGGUUAUUAUUAUGGAAAUGCUGUUUAUUUUAAGUUCAGUUAGUAUUAUUAUAUAAAAUAUUUCAAAUAAAUUUCUGGAAGGGCACGCUGUAAGCCUAUUGUAAUUUCAAUCUGAAAUUUUAAUCCUGUGGCACCUGUAAUUAAAAAACACAAUAUUUUAAUUUUUAUGCAUGCUUUCUGUAAAUAAAUUGUUCCUUAAAGGUCUUUUAGAAGAUCCAAAUACAUGCAAAAUUCGCAUUGAAAAAUACAUGUCAGAAUUUGUCUUAGCCACUUUAUCUCACAAUGAAAAUAUUAUAUGCAAGUGGAAGAGUAUAAAAGGAAUUAUAUUAUAUAAAAAAUUUUGAAGUUUAGCAUUUCAUAAUUGGGAAUUUAAAACUCACAUAUUUCUUGAUAUAAAAGCUGUGCUGAGAAAUUUACAUUUAAAAUUUUAAAUUAGUGAUAUUUGUAUGCAAGCUCCCAAAAUCUUGAUUAAAAAUGUUUCAUGUAAUUAUGAUCUUGUGAGGAUCCCCCCCCCUUGGAUUAGUUUGGUUAUGACAAACAUUUUUCUCUUUGAUACUCUUUUCUUAAGCUGGAAUGAUGGAUAGGCAAUCAGUCAUUAAAUAUAUGAUUAUCCAUGUAGUCUUUCUCAAAUACACUGUAAAAGCCUUUAAUAAGAUCUACUUUUUUUUCUGUUAGUAAAAUGAAUGGGAAAGGGUUAUAAAAGCUGCUUUUGCUGAGUAGUGAAGUGUUGUGAAUAAUACUAUAGAGAUGUAUAGAAUAUUCUAGGUUGCAUAUUACUUUAUAUCUGCCGAAUAUUGCAAACUUCUAACCAGAGCUGAAUGUUUGCACUUUUAAUUUUUAAUUAUUAUCUUUCGCUUUUUUCUGUUAUAAGCAUUAAAAUAUCGUUAUUAUUUUUUUUAAUUGUAUAAAUUUCAGUUUUUGUGUUUAUUGAAUAUUUUUCAAUAUAGCUUCCUGUUUGAAAAUAAAUAAUAUGGAACUUUUCAAAAUCAACAUAAAAUAAAUUAAAGAAAAAAAUUUGAUUUUAAAGGUCUGUUUUAAUCAGUUGAAGAAAUUAAUAGAAAUAUUUACCAUGUACUUAAUGUUUAUGUCUGUAAAAAUAUGUACAAUAAUUAAUAUAAUUUUAGUUAACUUAGUUAACUGUUGUAAAAUUAAUUAAAAGAUAAUUCUAAACAGUUAUAAAUGAUAGCUUGCUGUUGCUUAACGAAAUUACUGUGUGCUCUAAUCUGUUCCCUUUGAUUGUUCAUACAUCUUUCCGAGUUAAAUAAUAUAAAUGUAUUUCCUAAAAAAGAAAACUGUUAUGUUUUGAAAAAAUUUUAGUUGAGCACAAAAACUUGAAGUAAUAGUUAAUGUAAGAAAAUUUUUAUUUUGUGACUCCAUUUUUGUAAAAGCUCCAUUUCUAAUGUAUAUAUUGUCACAAAAACUGCACAUUCUGUGAUUAGAUUAAUUCAGCUUUAAACUAUUCAUCUUUUAUAUAUAUCCAGUAUUUACUUUGAACAUUUUAAUGACAGAGAAUAAGCAUUUGUGAUAUAAAAUACAGAUAUUACAUUUCACUUUUUAUCAGUCUGAAUGAAAGUAAGUUUCAAUUCUCAAGAUAAAAGUAAUUUAAUGUUGUUUUUAUGUUUUAAAAUCUGUGUUUUUAGAAACACUGAUGACAUGACACUUGAUUCCAUUAGUUCAUUGGUGACUAGGGUUGUCAUCGCAAAUUAUCUUUAUUUAUUAUCACUGAUCUACGUUUUUUCCCAAAUUCCAUUAAUAGUAAAAUUUUUCCUUCUGUAGUGUUCAAAAUAUACUCCAAAAUAAGGUUGUUUUGCCUAAUUUUGAAGUGGUACUUUUGUAAAUGCAAAUUGUACUAAUUUCCCCCCCCACACACACUAGAAGACUGAUUUAGUUCUUCAGCGUAACUGAAAAUUCAAACUUUAAUUUUGAUGAGAGGGCUAUAAUAAUAAUAAUAGUCUGCAGAAAAUAAUGAGCUGAGUCAAAUUAUUUAAGGAAGAAUUCAGUUUGCUAUAUUAACUGAACGUAAUUUCUUCUAAAUCUAAUUCUUUCUUCCUUCAGUUAUGCCAACCCAAGAAAACUAGUAUUAGCUUCACCCCAUUCAGCUGAUAUGUCUUGAGGCUUCACAUACUGUUUAGGUGAGAAAAAUAUUACUCUUGCUUCCAAACUUCACAGUCAUUCAAGGGCCAAUGGUCAUGCUUAACAUCAGUCAUAGUCAUUAUAUUGUCUUUGACCACAAUAGUGUGAUUCCCAGGCCAGCAAAUUUAAAAGUGACACACAAGAAUCUCAGUUAGUCAAAAGGAAAAUAAUUUUUACAACACACCUACUUUUAUGGAGUAUUAUAUUCUCCAUUCCUAAAUUCUGUAAAAUAAAUUCCUCAUAGUCCAAAGGUCUGUAUAUUGGACAUCCAUAUUUCAGGCUUUGUACUGUGUAAGCUGUUCUAAGUUUUGAUAAUUUUUCUUUCAUCUUGAAUCAACCAGCUCUGCAUUUGUAAUUCCUACAGAAUUUAUGUAUGCUGUAAAUUACUCUAGAUGUUAAACUCUGUGAUGUUUUUGAUAUUUUUAUUGAUGCUGUGAUGAAUUGCUAGUACAUACAUGUUAUAAGUAGUAAAAGCUGUAGUUUUUACUUAAUCAGAAGCAGAAAAAAUGAGAAAUUAUUCUGCAGUUUGUUAAGUGAUUGUUCUGAACUGUGUAAAUUUUUGUGCUAUUUCUGAAGAUAUAUUGUACCACAUUUUGUGGAAUUAUAAUGGUUUCCUCAUAUUGUAGGAGUAUUUCUGAUCAUUUAAUUAGUUGCAUGGCUCAGACAAAUUGAAUAAAUUUUUCUGUUUUGGACUUAUUAGGUAUUGGAAUCUUUUGUACAUGAAAACAGAGAAUAUUAAUGAAAAAGAGCUAUAUUAUUAUUAGCAUGGGUGUUAUAUUAUGUUAUAUUAUUAUUAGCAUAAGAAUUUAUGUCUUAAAAUGAUGAUUUUUUCUGGGAUUUGAAUUUUAUAUUUUUUAAGUGAAAAAACUGUUUAAAAAUCAUAUAACGAUCAAUUUUUCAUACUGUAAUUAAUUAUAGAAUAAUUAAAACUUCAUUCAAAAUGUAUGCUGUAGUAAAUUGCAGGUUCUUUUAUUAUAUUUAAAUUGUUGAUAAUAUGGCAUUUUUAUUAUCGGUAAGAGUAGGCAAAUUGCAGUUGUCUGAUUUGAAACUUUCAAACAUUUUCUACCAUCUUGAAUAUUCCUCACUUUCAGAAAGUUUAGAGUUUUAUAUUAUUAAAGAGUCUUUGUGGCUAAACUGAUGUCCACUAAAUAAUAUUAAUUUUAAAUAAGGAUAUUGAAUUAUGUUUGAAAUAUAUACCAUAAUCAUAUUUUCAUAUUUGAUUGUUUACAUUUUAACUGUAUUCAUGGGAUAUGUUAUCUGAAAUCAUCAAAUCAUUCACGUUUAUGUAAAAUUGGAUGAAUGUGGCAUGUAUAAAAUAAGAUUGUCUUUUAAAGUUUUUAAUGAUGUAAUCAAAAUGUGAAAAUUUAAAUUCAGUUAUGUAAGUUGUAUCUAAUGCUGAAAUACAUGUAGAGCAUUACCAGUCUUAUAAAAUUGUGAUGGUGUAUCAAUUUCUUGUUCAUCAUAAAAUAAGUUGUUUUAAAAGAUUGUAUAGCAAAACAUCUUUUGAAUCUUAAAAAUUUAUAGAUUCCACUUUGAAACUGGAAUCGAAUAAAACUGGGUUUCAGAUUAUGACAGUUUCAGCAAAGACUGCAGAAAUUUAACAAGAAAAUGAAAGCUUAACUGUGUGGGAUCAAAUUUACUAAAAUAGUAUCAACUAAUUUUUAUUGUGUAAUUAUAGAUAAUAAUCACAUGUUGCUAGAGCUUGAUAUUUCUGACAGGUAGCCACCUUAUCAGAGAAACAUAAAGGGAGAAAAAAAAAUCUGGAGGUAUUCUGUUUUUGUAAGGUAAUCCCCCUUUUUCCCUUAUUGUUUAGGUCAGGGUUUCUUAAACUGUGUGUCGAGAGCAGGGGGUUGCCAAAAAAUUUUAGCAGUUUUGAUAUUUCUUUAACUUAUAAUAAUUUUACAGUUGCUAAAUAUUUUUACACAGUGUAUCUGAAAAUAGAUAAAGAUAAGACAAUACAGACAAAAAAAAAAAAAAAA